UUUUUGGCUUGUUCGUUUACGAUUAUGGAAUCGAUUUAUUAUUCGGUCUAGAUAUGCUUAAGCGUCAUCAGGCAUGUAUUGAUUUGCGAAAGAAUGCGUUAAUUAUUAAUGAUAAAGAAAUUCGGUUUUUAGCAGAACAUGAAUUACCAGAAAGUGCAAGAAUGGAUGAGAUGGGUGAAAAUCUUGAUGAUAUAGCAAGUAGCUCUAGCGCGUCAAAUACGAAAUCUCCAUCAAUUUCUUCUAGCAUCAUCGCUAAUCCGCCUUCCUCAAAUUCUUCUUCCCCGGGUAAUUAUCAUUGAUUUUUGUUGACAUUUUAAUCACAUACUAAUUUUUAUUAUUAUUUAUUUUAAUAGUAUCUCAACAACAUUCACAAUAUCCAGAAGAACAUAUUCAAAAUUUGAUUUCAAUGGGUGGAAUUACA